CGAAAGCUAGAACGUCACCAUCACUUGCCAUCACUGCGAGGCAUUGGCGUUGGCAUUACACAUUCUUACUCGAUUUGUUGCCGUAUUCUGCACGCGUCUCAGCUGACGCUUUGAAGCACGAUUUGCAAUGGCCUCCCACGCGGCAACCUGGAGGGCAGGCGCCGUCCUGUCUUCCGCUCUCGCAGCGAUUGGGAGAAAGCAGAUGCGUUCAGGCCGAGAGGGCCUUCCCGCUUGCGGCCGGUGCUCAAGACCUUUCACCUCUUUCUCCUCUCUCUCGUCCGCUCGCUCACAGCCACUGAAAGGUACUGCGCUUCAAGCAGCUUUCAAACAGAGGAAAGGAGGCUGGCGAAGGCUCUCAGGUGCUUUCCAGACACGGGCCAGUGUCGCAGACGCGGACACCUUUGUGGAGGGGGAGGCGGGGGAGGGUUUUGAUCUGCCGCCGGAAAACCGAAUUCCCGUGACUGUGAUCACCGGGUAUCUCGGGUCGGGCAAAACAACGCUUUUGAACUACAUCCUGACGGCAGACCAUGGGAAACGCAUCGCUGUCAUCGAGAAUGAGUAUGGAGAGAUUGACAUUGACGGCUCCCUGGUCGCCUCCAAGCAAAGCGGCGCGGAAGAGAUCAUUCUGCUGAACAAUGGCUGCAUGUGCUGCACCGUGCGGAGCGACCUCGUUCGUAUGAUCACGGACCUGGUGCGGACCAAGAAGGACAAGUUUGACCACGUCAUCGUCGAAACGACAGGUUUGGCCAACCCUGCCCCUAUUAUCCGGACAUUCUACCUGGAGCCAGACAUCGCGGAUGAGCUAUACAUUGACGCGGUCGUGACGCUGGUAGACGCCAAGCACGCAGAGCGACACAUCAACGAGGUCAAGCCAGACGGGGUCGUGAACGAGGCGGUCGAGCAGAUUGCAUAUGCUGACAGGAUCAUUUUGAACAAGAUUGAUUUGGUGAACGAGCGCGAGCUGAGUUCCGUCCGGAAGACGAUCGAGAGAAUCAACUCGAUGGCCAAGGUGCAGCAGGCCGUCAAGGGCAAGGUCGACCUAGACUACGUGCUGGGGGUCGGAGGGUUCGACCUGGAAAGGAUCGAGGAGGCGGUGGACCCCAAGUUCUUGGAGGAGGAGCCCAAGAGCAGCCACAGCCACGAUCACGAUCACCACGACCACGACCACGAACAUCAUCACGACCAUGAGCACGCGGGCGAUGCGGACGACUGCACAAAGUGCGCCGAGGAGGGGCACUCGCACAACCAUGGCCACCACGACCACGGACACUCCCACGACCACGGCCACGAGCACCACGACCACGUGCAUGACGUCGGCAUCACGUCAGUCAGCAUCGUGCAGGACGGGGAGCUGGACAUUGAGCUGGUGAACGACUGGCUGAGCGACGUGCUCUCGUACCACAGCGACGACAUAUACCGGAUGAAGGGCGUGCUCGCAAUCCAGGGCAGCAAGGAGCGCUUCGUGUUCCAGGGCGUUCAUGACCUCUUUGAGGGCACUCCUGAACGUCCGUGGAGCAAGGACGAAAAGCGUUUGAGCAAGAUUGUCUUCAUCGGGAGGGAGCUCAACGAAGAGUCGCUAAAGAACGGCUUCAAGAACUGCUUGGCCGAGGAAAAGGUUCGUGCCCACGACCCUUAUCAUGCGGUUGACGCGCGCCCCUAGAGAGCUUGAUAAGCGGUCGUCGGGGCUGCAAUCGGUUACAGAGCAACCAAAGCAAAUACAUAUAAGAGUGCCUCGAGCAUUAGGUCAAAGAGGAGAGAAGUCCAGACUGGCCCCCGCUAGAUCAUCAGACUAGCUCCUGAUUUGGGAGGAGGCAGUUGAUAAUUACAGGUGUGUCAUGGCAUCAUCGCAUGGCGAAGUUCUUACAAGUUACCACGUCCUAUGUGCGAGCCAAAUAUCAUUAUUGAGCGCUUUCGGAAUUCUUGAGCCGGGCAAAAAUCUGGCAAAUGCGCCCG